AUGUUGCCAGCCGAUCCCAAUGCUGCCCAUUUCACGCCCGCCUUAUUGACUGCACGUUCCGAACUGCUCCCAAUGCCGCCAACGUUGCCUUAUUCGCUGCAUGAGUUGUCGUGGACUGCUGCCAAUGCUGCCAACGCUGCGCAGGUGAACACGAGCUUCGUGCGCACGCUGCGCGAGAACGGCGAGGAGCUGGGCGUGCUGCGCGGGCGCGUGGCGUCGCUGCACGUGCAGGUGGCGGACCUGGAAGCGGCGGUGCGCGGGGAGACGGUCGGGCGGCGAUCGCAGGAGGUGGAAAUACAAACAGAGACAGCGGUGGGAGUAGCAGAGGCGGCGACGGAGGCGGUGGCGGAGGGGACGACUGUGGGUUGGCAGGGAAUGGCGGAUUUGGAAGAGAGUGGCGAGAGGGGUGGAGGGAACGUUACGGAAGAGGCAACGUCCACUACUGCCUCCAUUCCCGCCCCAUCGUCCACACCACAUGCCGAAGAGGAAGUAAUUGGUUCUGCUGCUGUCACCGAGACGGACGGAGAAGGCAGCGGCAGCCUCAACGGUAACGGCAACGGAAAUGGGAACGGCGAGAGUGUGGACCUCCUGGGAAUCGAACUGGAGACCGUUCGCGGUGCAUUCGAAACGCUACAUGCACAGGUGACUGAACUCCAAACUCGAUGUGUUACGCGAGGUGAUGAGUUAGAGGCACUGGUUACAUCACUUGAAGAGCGGUUGGCCAAACUGGAGUCAUCACGUUUGCCAUCUUCCGAAACCGCUUCCCAAUCAGCUGCUGAGAACUCCACAGAAGCUACACUUAUCGGCAACGAAACUUCAUCUUCCCCAGCCCCCGAUCUACAGUACCCAAUGGAACCUAUCACGUCGAAUAUGUCACCUACGCAGCUUUUCACCUUCGGCAGUGAACAUCACCAAGAUGAGUUUCCCACAGUGGAAACAACGAAUGUAUCGGAUUCUACAACGCAAGUGUCAGAACCAGCGACAUCUGAGACGGGAGUGCAGUGAUCGUACGAAAGAGGUGAAUUUUAAUUCAAUCCACAAUGAAAGGGAUAUACAGAUGUCAGUGGUUCUAUUGAGCUUGCGCGCUUUAGUAUCAUAAAGACCACUUUGUGGAAUAUAAUCGAAUAACAGUGUUCGUUUUAGGUUGCAUCAUAUGUGUUAUAACAACAUGACAGUGAGGGCUAAAAAGUGCUAAAGCAAACUGUUAAUAAAAGUUAACAGAGCAGUCGAUUUUUGUUCUGCAGCAUCUUUUCACUCUUCUCAAUAAUGCGAUCGAAUACUCCAAAACACAAUGUGAUAAAUUACAGAAACUUCGUUGCUUUAAAUGCAGUUUGUGUUACCUAUUCAUAAAAUUUGAUAAAUGGAAAAACACGAAUGAGUUCCAAUAGAAUAUGUUGUGUUGCCUACAGAAACGAGUGUUAUCAUAAGUAGCAACAACCAACUUGCAAUCUGAGACACUGAUUGAAACAUUUCCAUCCGCAAUACAAAAACUUACUUACGUUCAUUAAUCGAAGUAAGCAUGUCCAAUCAUGACAGAAGAUUUCAUGAAUCCUGAACUGUGACCUUUAAUAUUGCAGAAUGUAAUCUGUUUGCUCUGCUUGUGUUAUGACAUCAUUUUGUUCGCGAUUUUUCUCUUAUCGAACGAGCUGUUAAGUUCUCAUUACUUUUAAAUUAUUGCAAAACAAUAUGAUGACACUGGAGAGCGAUACAAUUAGUCUGAAGUUUGAUGAACACUUGGCGAUUUUCAUAUUUACCGUUAGGCAUUUUCUUUACAAAAUUUGUAUGGAACUUAGUUAAUGAACACUUCAGUAAUAUUACAUUUUAAGAUUUGACUCACUAUCUUAUAAAACAGUUAAAGAAUACAGAAAAUUAUGAAACAAAAUUAUUGAGCGAACAAUUUUUCAAAGACACUUUCAUAUUUUAAAUCUCUCAACCUAUAGAUCAAUAAGAAAUGCUACCUGCACUUCUAACUAAUAAAAAAUAUCAACAGCGUAUGAAGUACCUCCCUGGGGAUCAUGUAGAAUGUAUUAAUGUUCAUGAAAACAGGGAUAUUGAAUUCUGUAAAGAUUAACUUUCGUCUUAAAUUACGUGCCUGCGUCGAUGCUGCAAUUCCGAAUUUAAUGAUUAACUAGUAUGCUCCAGAGUUGAUUUAAUACAAAAUUACGUACGUAAUAACCAUUACGCCCGUAAUAGAAUUUUACUAAGGGAGACUGCUGCUGCGGGCAACGUAGUCUCGUCCCGUUUCAAACAUUUACAAUGCAGAUGUACCGAAGGUCGUUAAUAUUCUCUCCCAUCUUCCAGAAAUACAUGCAAACUAAUCCUGGGACAUUAUAGAAUAUUAGUGGAUAUUUGUAUUUCCAUGUGCUCUCCGAGAAUUAGUGAAUAACUGACUGAUACUAAUGUGGCUUAUCGCUCCAAACGACCACGAGAACUAGUUUGGAGCGAUAAAUGUAGUACCAGACACCAGUACAGAAUUAAACCUGCAGAACUGCAUUGAAAAUUAAAAGCUUGAAAACAUGGGGUAGCGAUUUUGUGAUGAAAAAUGUUAAUAUAAUAAUUUGUGUGUUCAUCGUCAUGAAGCCUGAAGAACAAGAGAGA